AUGAGCCGCUCCAUAGAGCAGGCGCUGCUCCAGCUCAUGCCGACCCACGCCACCGACCUGCCGCCCCCCCUCGUCGAACUCGCCAGCGCCCUCCUCGCCCAGUCCCGCCACAGAGCCAGCACCCUCAAGGCCGAGGAGGAGGUCGCCCGCCUCCACGCCUGCUGCCACAUCGCCUGCGACCGCCUCAAGAUCACCCUCGACCUGCCGCCCAUCCACUCGCGCCCGCCCAUCCCGCCGCGCAUCUACCAGCGCCUCUACGCCCACCUCGACAACAUCCUGCCGCACAACGUCACGGCCCGCACGCCAGCCAAGAACAGGCACGCCACGCCGCGCCCACGCCACGCCCACGCCGACACGACGACGACGACGACGGCCUCGGGCCGCCCGCUGCCGUCGAGGACGACGCCCAGCAAAGAGACGACCCUCGCGCCCUUCCGCGCCGCCGCCGCCGCCACCCCUACCAAAUCCACAGGCAGGGCCGUCCCGCCCGUCGACACGGCGGCCCUGCACCCGUGGAUCCGCCCGACGAUCCGCUUCCUCUGCCGCGCCUCGGGCCACCCCCGCCUCGCGCCGACGCUGCUCGCCGGCAUGGAGCGCGCCGUCGCGCCGGGCGGCCGCCGCACGCGCGACCCCUGGGUCCUCGCCAACCUGACGGGCCUCGUCGCCGCCUUUUACUUCUUCGUCGUCCAGCAGCUGCGCGUGCUGCGCACCGGCGAGCCCAUCACCGAGGCGAACUACCUGCCCGUGCGCGCCGAGGUCCUGGCCCUGCUGACGCGGGCGCGGCAGGAGCUCGUCGUCGGCGGCGGCCGGGGCCUCGACGAGGACGACGACGCCUGGGCCGGCUGGCAGGCGCUGCGGCGGCGCGACUUUAUCGCCGUCACGGACGAGGUCACGCGCCGGGCAUUUUUGCAGGAGGAUUGGUACGUCGGCAUCCGCGACCUCUAUGCCAGCGGCGCCUUCGACGAGGCGCAGGCAGACGACGCCGACACGCACGAGGCCGGCGGCGAGGAAGACGCCGCGCGGCUCACGAAGAUGACGAUACGCCGCGCCGACACCAUGUUCCAGGACAGGUACGAGUACCUCAGCGAGGGCAGACGCCUCGACUACCGCCUGUGGAAGGAGGGCGUCCUGCAACGGAUCGAGCGGGCGGAGGGCACGGCACAGGAUGGCAUGGACGUAGACUGA